AUGUUCCUGAGUUUAGUUCUCAUUAGAGCAGCACCUGAAAGUUCCCUAGUCACAAAUCUUCCUGGUUUCAAUGGCACUUUCCCUUCCAAACAUUAUUCUGGGUAUAUCACCAUAGAUGAGACCCAUGAGAAAAAACUAUUCUACUACUUUGUCAUUUCAGAGAGGAAACCAUCACAGGACCCAGUUGUUCUGUGGCUCAAUGGUGGACCAGGCUGCUCUAGUUUAGAUGGUUUCAUGUAUGAACAUGGCCCAUUCAAUUUUGAAGCAGGAAAAACAAAGGGAAGCCUACCCCUAUUACAUCUCAAUCCAAGUAGCUGGUCCAAGGUCUCAAACAUUAUCUAUUUGGAUUCUCCUGCUGGUGUUGGAUUGUCUUACUCUAAAAAUAAGGAUGACUAUAAUACUGGAGACCUUAAGACAGCCUCUGAUACGCACACAUUUCUACUCAAGUGGUUUCAGCAAUACCCAGAGUUCCUUCCCAACCCACUUUACUUAUCUGGGCAGUCAUAUGCUGGAGUAUAUGUGCCAACUCUUGCUUCUGAAGUUGUGAAAGGAAUUAAGACAGGUUUAAAGCCCAUUCUGAACUUCAAGGGUUACAUGGUGGGAAAUGGUGUCACUGAUGGUGAAUUUGAUGGGAAUGCACUUGUACCAUUUGCACAUGGUAUGGGCUUGAUCUCAGAUGAUUUAUAUGAGGAGGCUAAAAGUGCCUGUAAUGGAAGCUACUGGAAUCCAGUUUCUUCUACAUGUAUAGCUCAGAUUUCGAACAUUGACAAGGUCCUUAAUGGUCUAUACAUAUAUGACAUUCUUCAGCCCUGCUACCACAGCCCAGAAGCAAGCAAGUCUGAAAAUAGUACCUUCCAGUUACCUCCUAGCUUCAGGCAGUUAGGUGAGACUGAAAGACCUCUUCCUGUAAGGAAGAGAAUGUUUGGACGUGCUUGGCCUUUUAAAGUUGCAGUAAGAGAUGGAAUUGUCCCAUCAUGGCCACAGAUUCAUGGUGAAAGUUUACCAUGCACAAAUGACGAAUUUGCAAAUUCAUGGUUGAACAAUGAAGCAGUUAGGAGAGCAAUUCAUGCCGAACAGGAGAGUGUGAUCGGUCCUUGGGAGGUAUGUUCGGACAAACUUAGUUACAAAUCUGAUGCUGGAAGCAUGAUCAAUUAUCACAAGAACCUUACUUCUCAAGGCUACCGGGCUCUUAUGUUCAGUGGAGACCAUGAUAUGUGUGUGCCGUUUACUGGGACUGAAGCAUGGACUAGAUCACUUGGAUAUGAAAUUACUGAUAAAUGGAGGCAAUGGUAUUAUGAUGACUACCAAGUUGGAGGGUAUACACAAGGCUAUGCGCACAACCUCACAUUUCUUACUAUAAAGGGGGCUGGACAUUCUGUUGCUGAAUACAAACCAAAAGAGGCAUUGACCUUCUAUAGCCGCUGGCUAGACGGAAAAUCCAUAUAA